CACAUCCUCAUGUCCAGCAGGGAGCGGAAAACUCUCCUUGCAACAUGGUCCCCCUCUUCCCUCCCUCUCCCUCCCUUCUCUCCCCCCUUCUCUCCCUUUCUCUCCCACCUCUCAUUUGCCAGUACCAGAACUCUGGCAACCAACUAGAGCAUUGUGUCUUCUUGGCGAAGAGAGAGAGAGAGAGCGAGGGAUGGGAUAGACAGGACAGUGAAAGACGGAGAAAGAGAGGGAGCGAAGUGAGAGUGACAUAUGGGCAGGGGGGGAUGGCAGAGACCAUCCCUCUCCACGCUUUGAGCACGUCUUCGUUCAAAGGAGCAACUUUCCAGCAAAAUACAAACAUGGAUUCACCUGAGUGCCAGGAGACCUUCGAGGGGCGUCAGACAGUUCGGUUCCAAUUCUGACCCCAGAAGCUGACAGACGGACGCUGACAGGAGCUGCAGUUGAGUGCGAGCAACCUGGAGGAGGAGGGAGCAGACGUCAAACACUGAGCAGAUACAACAUGUGCGUUCGCAGAUCACUUCAACUCUGACGGAUUUUGCAUGACAGAGAGACAGACGAGUCGCACGGGAUUUCACAAUGUAUCUGGACCAGACGCACACGCUGGGCAGCUGAGAGGAACAAGAGCUUGACAGUGACAGAGCUUCCUCCAGAGACUUCCUCACUAUGAUGGAGAAGCUGAACCCCACAGGCCCACCUGCCUCACCUCACGACCUACCUCGCCCAUCUUCCUCCUCUUCCUCUGCGUCUUCACCAUCCUGUGCUUCCGUGGAGCAGCACAGUCCCCUCCAGAGCCAGAGUUUAGCAUCCUCGCAUGCUAUCAGCAGCCCACGUCCUCCUAACAAGUCAGGGUACAGGAGACACACGGACGUCCCCACGGCCGGCUCGAUUCAGUCCCCCAUCACCCCGACGACUGCACCGACCAAUCACCAGGCGGACACAGCUGCUGCACCUGAGCUCGUCGUCAUGGAGAUGGAGGAGAAGGAAGAGGAAACACGAAGGAGGCCCAAGAGCACCACCGCCCCUGCUGCUUCAACCAACGGGUCUCCAACUCUUUCCUCUCCACCUCCGCUGCUCCCUGCACCAGCCAAGACGUCCCCAUGCCCUCUGGCCCCUCCGGCCUCCACCACAACCUUCCGUUCAUCCGCAUCAUCCUCUCCUCUUCCUCCCCACAUCCCAGUAAUCAGCCUGGGCCACAGCAAGCCCCCUCUCCCACUGCCGAACACUCCUCUGACUGCCCUCCACCCGAUUCCUAACCUCCUACACGGACCUCAUGGGGACAUUCGCCGCAGCCAGCUGACCUGCCUACCUGUGGUCGGUCCUGGAGCUUCUGGAGCUUCUGGAGGCCCCUCAGCUGCCUCUCCCGGGCCCCUCCUGACCCAACAGUACCUGCCUGCUCACCCCUUCUUCACAAGUUCUUACCUGAGUCCUUCAGGGGGAAGCUAUGGUGUCAUCAACAACAGCCGGAUCAAGAGGAGACCCUCGUCACACUUUGAGAUGGAGAUCAAUGAUUCAGGCCCUCCUCAGAAACUCGCCCGUCGUGUCUUCACCAACAGUCGAGAGCGCUGGCGACAGCAGAACGUGAACGGGGCAUUCUCCGAGCUCAGAAAACUGAUCCCCACACACCCACCUGACAAGAAACUCAGCAAGAAUGAAAUCCUCCGUCUGGCUGUGAAGUACAUCAACUUCCUGGUCACUCUGCUCAACGACCAGGACCAGGACAAGGGCAGGGACUCAGCAGAAGAGGACGCUGAGGAGGACAGCACUGCAGCUAGGUUGGACAGCAACAAAUUAAAGCCUCUCUUCCAGCGCGACACUCCACCUCCAGCCCACUCUGCACUGCCGGUAUCAGCCCGUCCCGCCAUGGCUUCAGCCCACAGAGACAGAGACUCGACCGACUCGGUCAUCGCCCUGGCUAAUUCCCCUGCAACGUCCAGUUGCUAUGGAGACACGGACAGCGAGGAAAGCUUUGGAACUAAGACCGCUUUGGUGACCCAUGGCAUUCUGGGAAAGGUCAAGGGUCAGAUAAGGAUGGUGGCAGCCACAAAUGAUGAGCGGUGACACCAAAAUGCGGCACACAAAGAGGUGUGCAGCCGCUGGAAGUUUAAAUGUCACACCGAUGUACAGGAUCCACAAGUGUUGGAGGAGCCAGUGAGGUUUUCUCCUCAAUCACCCACAGCUCCAAGACCAAGUCCAAAGUAGUGUGAAUAAGUAAGACAUGGAUUUUUGGUGGUAUUUUGCAGUUUUGACAGUCCCUGUGUCAUUUCCAGUAAUAUGAAAGCACUGAGUGUGAGGUUGUGUCUUUUAUUAAAACACCAAACUGUGCUGUGGGGCAGACUGAGGCAUGAAACUUUACAGAACAUGCAAACCAAUUUGUUUGCCUUUUACAUCAAAAUGAGCUGAAAAGGAUCAUUUAUUAAACAUUAUACAUUGAUGGACAAGAAGAAACAUUUUUAGAUAAUCUCAGAAUGGAUUUUUGGAGCUUCAAACUGUUUCUGUGUCAAUAAAAUUCUAAUAAUCCAUGAAAUUUCAAAUCUCCAAUUUGUCCUCUUUCGAUAAUUUAAAAGUCUGCUACUUUGUUCCAGUCUUAAUUAUCUAUGAAGUUUACGUGUUAAUAAUCAGCAUUGCCUCAGUACAGUUACGGUGACUUAAGAGUGCCACAUACUUUACUGUGCCUGCAGACAAAUACAAGGCAUGAAUUCUUGAUUUGAAGUUGCCGUUUUCAAUGUCCCUGCUGUCCUUUUUUGUCAGUGAAGCAGGGCCUAUGGUUCCACCCUGACAUUGUGACACACUUGUACCAGACAGAAAUAAAGUGUGUUUUAGUUUGCUGUUCCUUA